CUUGUGGCUUUUGGCAGUUAGUCCGUCAGUCACAACCAAAAAAAAGUCACAAUGCAAAACUCCCAGAUCCUGAGAAAUCUGUGCCUCUUCGCUGUUAUAAGUUCCAUGGCAGUUGUGGUCUUAGGAACGUGCAAUUCCUGUCAAACGAACAACGUGAAAUGCCUGAACGAAACCCACUACUCGUUCUGCUCGGAAAACGUGGCUCCCGACCAGGUGGCCAGUUGCCCCAGUGGACAGGUCUGCACCAGCCUGGCCAUCAUCUGCGUGGACGAAGGUCUCUACGAUGCCGCCUGCUCGCCUUCAACCAUCGAUGGAUCCUGCUCCUCCUGCGAUGGCACCAGCUUGUUCGUCUGCACCAGUCGCACCACCUUCCAGAUGUGCGACGGCACCAACCUGACCAGCCAGGUCAACAGCUGCAAGGACAACAAGAUCUGCUCGAUCCAGUCCGGCAAAUACUGCAUCGACUCCUGCGAGGCGGGCGACAACAUCGAAUGCGACCGAGAUGCUCCUUUAUAAAAUCAUAUACAUUAAUUUAAAAAAAAAAAAACAGAAAUACAUUUGUACUUAAUGAUACGAAAAACUAUUAAAUAAUCAAAUUCCCAAAUAACUUUUAA